UCUUACAUUUAUUUUUAUUAUUUAGAUACAAAUAAAAGGAGAUAUUAGGCUUGUACGUAAAAUUGGGAUAUUAAAGUAGAACACAAACUACUGUUAGUGAAUUGCUUUCAGAUAUUUCUGUGCGUAUGGGAUGGUGAGGCAACACAGUAGGAAAAUUAAGACCCUUUAUUUGUUGUUGUUGCAGAUUGCAGAGGGGAUGGCAUACAUUGAAAGAAAAAAUUACAUACAUCGGGAUCUGAGAGCAGCAAAUGUUCUAGUUUCAGAGUCACUUAUGUGUAAAAUUGCUGAUUUUGGCCUUGCAAGAGUAAUUGAAGAUAAUGAAUAUACAGCCAGAGAAGGUGCAAAGUUCCCGAUCAAGUGGACAGCACCAGAAGCCAUUAACUAUGGUUCUUUUACUAUUAAAUCGGAUGUUUGGUCCUUUGGAGUUCUUCUGUAUGAAAUAAUUACUUAUGGAAAAAUUCCUUAUCCAGGUAUGAGUAAUUCUGAUGUAAUGGUAGCUCUUCAGCGUGGUUAUCGCAUGCCAUGCAUGGAAGCUUGCCCCUCUGAGCUUUAUGAUAUCAUGAAAACAUGCUGGAAAGAUAAAGCAGAAGAGAGACCAACAUUUGAAUAUUUACAGAGUGUCCUUGAUGAUUUCUACACAGCUACCGAAGGACAGUACCAGCAGCAGCCAUAGAAAAAAGGAACUAUUGCUCUUACUUCCAAAUGGCAGAGGCCUUUUAAUAAGACAAUGUGGUUGAGCCAGUUCUUUUAUAUUUACAUACAUACAUGUGUGGGGAUACCCUAAUUGAUUGUGGUUCCUGAAACUGAAAACUAGAGCUCAAGUGAGCAAGACAGAUUAUCAACAUCCUGCUGAAGGCUUAGAAGUUCUUUUCUUCCAUGAUGCUUUCUUUGUAUUUAUGUUAAGUAAACAACUAGAUAAAAUGAUUCUUUAUAUAAUAGAAGACCAUCCUCUCAACAGAAUCCUGGCCCAAAUAAUUUUUAAGACGUGCAAGCAAAACCAAAACUCCAUGAAGACAAUCAAAACUUACUCCAAAUAGCCAUGCGCAACAUGCAUCUGGAAAAAAAAUAUUAGUCUGUGUUACAGCCAAGCUAGAAGUUAUACAGGGGACGGUCAGCUGCUGCAUUUUCUUUAUUGAAAAGCUGCCAACGGUAUUGAUCAUUGGGGUCCCUUUAUCUUUCUACCAUUUCUUUGCACAAAAUAAUUAGCUUUUGUAAAAUCCAUUCUCUCAGUAUGGCUGAAAAUUUCCCUUUAAAGGCAUCCUUCAGAAAUGGGUAGUAUGAAAUAUGCUGGAAUUGAGAAGGAACAACAUCACUUUAGAAUGAUUUUUUUUGUAGUUUUCUGGAAUUUAACAGCUAUUUACCAUUCUUAGACCCGUUCCCCCCCCUCCCCCAAUUAUAUCAUUUUGUCAAAUGUGUUUGGAGUAAAAGCCAACUAAAAUGUUAAGCUUCAGGAAUACAAUUGCAUAUUACAAAUAAAAUUAGUAUGUUUUGGCACAUAUACACUAUACAGUGAAAGACAAUUUGCAUUUUAAAAAAAUCACAUUUACAAGCAAGUGUCCUAGCACACAAUUCACAUUAAACCGCAAACAGUAUGGUAUACUGCCAAAGGUAUCUCACAGGAUUUUUUAGUAAUCCCCCCCACCAAAAAUUUACUGUAUUAUAUACUGGGAAGACACUGUUUUGGGUGAAUCUUCUGAAAUGCUUAUUCACCAUUCUGUUAGUACUGGAACACAAUGACAAUAUUCCCAUGCUCUGUAUAACAGUAUUGGCCAGCACUACUUUUUUUUUUUUU